ACAUGGCUGAUCAGUUGCCCAGCGAGCAGGUGGCUGAGUUCAAGGAGGCCUUCACCCGGUUUGACACGGAUGGAGAUGGCAAAAUCAAUGUCCAGGAGCUGGGUGCCGUGAUGCAGGCCCUGGGCAAGAAUGUCUCAGAGGAAGAGCUAAAGGAGAUCAUUGCCCGGGUGGACACGGAUGGUGAUGGUGCCAUCAGCUUCCAAGAGUUUCUGGCAGAGAUGGCCAAGAGGAUGAAGGCUGGAGGCAGUGAGAUGGAGCUGCGGGAGAUCUUCAAAGUCUUCGACCAGAACGGUGAUGGCCACAUCAGUGUGGAUGAGCUCAAGCAGGCCAUGGUCAAGAUUGGGCAGCCAAUGUCCCAGGAGGACCUGGAUAUGAUGAUCCAACAGGCUGAUGUGGACAAGGAUGGGCAGGUGAACUAUGAGGAGUUUGUGAAAAUCCUCACCCAGAAGUGAGACCUGGCUGGGGCCUAGCCUGCUGACUCUGAUCUUUGUGUCU